GAGCAUGCUGGGGUUCGGGAGGAGGGCGGAAAGAUUUACAUCAAGGACGUCAAGAGUUCUAAUGGAACGUUCAUCGACGGCGACAGGCUGAGUCCUGAAGGGCUCGAGUCUGAGCCGUUCAAGCUCAAGUCCGAAGACAUCGUCGAAUUCGGUAUCGACAUCGUCGGCGAGGACAACAAGACCAUCAUACACCAGAAAGUCGCAGCGCGCGUUCUCUGCGCACUCAACGACCUAGAUGCACAAGCCGCCGCACGGGCAGAGGCGCAACAGAACCCACCCAGCUACGGCACUGUCGCGGGGAAGGCACCCGCCGGAAGUGGCUUCAACUUUUCAAGCCAGCAUCAACCCUCUGCGAACGGCGUACCGGGACACCAGUGCCGCCCUUCCAUGCCGCAAGGCUUGGUCGAUAUGGGUGGCAUGGGCGGAAACGUGCGCCCGCCAGGCAAGAGUGGCCUCACUUUCGACCAUAUCCUGACCUGGAUCCAAGGCGAGCUGCAGUGA